GAAUGUGCCUCAUGGUGAUUAAGAAUUCCAUAUCUGUAGCCAUUCGCGGAGCCAUUCCUGACUCUGAAAAUGCGAAGACCUACCUAGAAUAUGUGGAAGAACAAUUUAAGGGCACUUCUAAAGCACAUGCCAGUACCCUAAUUCUCAAAAUGUUGACGAGUAAGUAUGAUGGAGUAAGUGGUAUUCGUGAGCACAUCAUGAAAAUGUCUGAUAUGUCUAACAAGAUUAAAAGUAUGGACAUGGAGAUCAGUGAAGGUUUCCUCGUUCAUUUCAUAAUGACUUCUCUACCUGCGUCUUAUGGUCCAUUCAAGAUCAAUUACAACACGCAGAAAGAGAAGUGGACAAUGAGCGAGUUGAUUGCUAUGUGUGUUCAAGAAGAAGAGCGCCUUAAAGCUGAAAGACCAGAUGUUUCUCAUCUCACCACCACAAACUCAAAGAAAAGGAAAGGCAACCGUCAAGGAGGAGGAAAAGGUAACAUUUCUAAGGUCCCAAAGAUAGGUGCAAGCGUGAACUCUG